CUCUCUCUCUCUCUCUCUCUCUCUCUCUCUCUCACACACACAAUGUAUAUUAUAAUUGUGAAUUUAAUGCGUCAAACCACAACAUUUAGAGAUGUUGAAUGGCCUCACUCUCACGUCUUCUUUCUUUGUAUCGAACCUUCAAACCAAACCCUUAAACACUCAAAUCCCACCUUUCCAAAACUCCAUAAGAACCCACAAUUCAAGACCCUUGAGAGAAACAAUCAGAAAUUCAAAUGGCCUUCAAUGCCAACAGGUUAGACCCACAAUCGGCUGCCGAGAAGGCGGUGUCGGUGAUCGGAUUUGGGUACGAUUUAUCUUUGGAUAUUCGUUUGUCGGCAUGUAAACCUGGUCCUUCUGGUUCGAGAUUGAUCGAGCUCGAUGAAAGAAUAACUAAAGACUUGGUUGUGCCUGGUGGGGUUGUUGUGCCCAAUGUUUCGGCUUCGAUUAAGUGCGAUAAAGGUGAACGGACUAGGUUUCGGUCCGAUGUUCUUUCUUUUAGUCAGAUGUCGGAGCAAUUCAAUCAGGAAUUGUCUUUAUCGGGUAAAAUACCUUCUGGUCUAUUUAAUUCAAUGUUCGCGUUCAAGGGCUACUGGCAAAAGGAUGCAGCUGCGACUAAAAAUCUUGCUUUCGAUGGUUUGUUUAUUACUUUGUACAAUAUUGAGUUAGCAAGAUCUCAUAUUGUUCUAUCCGAGCAUAUCAAACAAGAGCUGCCUUCUACAUGGGACCCUGCUGCUCUUGCUGAGUUUAUUGACAAAUAUGGUACUCAUAUUGUUGUUGGGGUAAGUAUGGGAGGAAAAGAUGUAAUUCACAUUAAGCAGUUUCAAAAAUCAAAUCUUCAGCCAACAGAAGUGCAGAAAUUGCUAAAGCAAUUAGCUGAUGUACAAUAUUCUGAAGACAGCCUCACAUCCAAGCCUGAUAAGUCUUCAGAGAAGCUGAAGGAUGAACAAUCUCUGGUCUGGAAUCUCCAUCCAUCAUUUGCAAACUCAUUAAGAACAUCCACCGCAUUUCACUCCAAGAAUGAGGAUAUACAAAGCAAUCACAUCCGACGAGGAGGACUUGAUAAUGGUCAAAGUCAUGAUCAAUGGCUUUCAACUGUGUCACGGUUCCCCAAUGUCAUAUCAAUGGCCUUUGUGCCUAUUGCUUCCCUUUUGAGUGGUGUCCGAGGUGGUGGUUUUUUAAGCCAUGCAAUUAACCUAUAUCUACGAUAUAAACCGCCUAUAGAGGAGCUCCAUCAAUUUUUAGAAUUUCAAUUACCUAGGCAAUGGGCGCCAGCAUAUGGGGAUCUUCCACUAGGUCAUCGUCGCAAGAAACAGGCUUCUCCAUCGCUUCAAUUCACUUUUAUGGGUCCUAGGCUUUAUGUUAACACUGUGAAGGUAGACUCUGGAAACAGGCCUAUCACAGGGAUCCGCUUGUACUUGGAAGGUAAGAAGAGUGAUCACCUGGCUAUCCAUCUGCAGCAUCUAUCAACUCUUCCCCAGAUCCUUCAGCUCUCAGACGAUCAUAGUUAUAAGCCAAUUGACGAGCCAAUGGAUCGAGGCUACUUUGAACCUGUGAAGUGGAGCAUAUUCUCACACGUGUACACAGCUCCAGUAGAGCACAAUGGAGCACGAAUUGAUGACACUUCUGCUUCCAUAGUGACAAAGGCCUGGUUUGAGGUCAAGGGUAUGGGAAUUAAAAAAGUCCUGUUCCUCAGGCUUGGAUUUUCAAUGGUUGCAAAUUCAAGCAUUCGUAGAUCAGAGUGGGACGAGCCAUCGACCUCAUCUCGAAGAUCAGGAUUAAUGUCAAUGUUAAUCAGCGCACCAUUCAGUACAGUACUGGCUCAACCUGAGAAGCCUGCAAAGGUGGAUUUGAAUUCAGCAGUCUAUCCUGGUGGCCCGCCUAUGCCCAAAAGAGCUCCUAAGAUGUCAAAUUUUGUGGACACGAAGGAAAUGGUUAGGGGACCGGAGGAUCCACCUGGUUAUUGGGUGGUUACGGGCACAAAGCUGUGUGUGGAGGAUGGUAGGAUUAGAAUCAAGGUGAAGUACUCCUUGCUGACCAUAAUGUCCGAGGACUCUUUGUUGAUGUGAAAAUACCAUAGGAAGCAAAUGGCUUUAUUGUACCAUUUUAAAAAAAAAAUUAUGCCUGGUGUCCUUAACCCUUUUACUCCCACUGGAGUUUCUGGGGUCGGAACUAGUCCCAUGGACCACAAGAAAUCACUUCGCUUUGCGCCUUGAUUGUAACUUCUGUAAAUGUUGACUUGUGCAAUAUGCAUCAACAUUGGCCCUUCUACUAACAUUGGCUUGAAACAGGGCCAUAUUUGGCUCGAGUAGGACCACAGUUACAAUUCCUCUUUGAUAGAUUUUCUGUUUUGUUCUUUUUCGUCUAGUUUUUGUUCACAGAAAAAGCCUUGUAUUGUUUAAUUUAUACAGUGAUUUGAAAUAGAGGGUAUCUUGUAUUAAUCAAACUUUUCUGGCUCUG